GACUACUAUGGACGGUUACGAGGACGUGAAGAAAUACGGCUACUUGAGGAAGCAAAAGCACGGCCACAAGCGUUUCUUCGUCCUGAAGGGGCAGAGCCACCUGGGUCCGGCCAGGCUCGAGUACUACGACAGCGAGAAAAAAUGGAGAAACCGAUCGACCGCCCCCAAGAGGGUCAUUCUACUCUGUCAGUGCUUUACGGUCAGCAGGAGAGCAGAUGCCAAAAGUAAAUACCUCGUAGCCCUGUACACAAAAGAUGAGUACUUCGCCAUGGUGGCAGAGAACGACCAGGAGCAAGAGAGCUGGUACUUGGCCAUAAGUGAACUAAUGAAUGAAGGGAAGAAGAUACCGCUGGAGCCCGACGAAGUCGAGAACUAUGGUAAUUUUACCCCUGGCACCGUUUUCAAAGAAGUGUGGCAGAUUAACGUGAAGCCCAAAGGAUUGGGGCAAACCAAGAAUCUGACGGGGGUGUACAGAUUGUGUCUUUCCAGCAAGAUGAUCCAUUUUGUUAAAAUCAAUUCUGACGUGCCUUCUGUGCAUUUGCAGCUGAUGAACAUCAGGAGGUGUGGUCAUUCUGAGAACUUUUUCUUUAUUGAGGUUGGUCGUUCUGCCUCUAUUGGCCCCGGUGAGCUGUGGAUGCAGGUAGAUGACUCGGUGGUGGCUCAAAACAUGCAUGAGACGAUUUUAGAGACAAUGAGAGCUUUAAAAGCUUUUACUGAGUUUCGCCCCAGAAGUAAAAGCCAGUCCUCUGGGACAAACCCCAUAUCAUUUUUGACUCGAAGGCACCUUGGUAAUUUGCCACCUAGUCAGACUGGAUUGCAAAGGCGUUCCAGGACUGAGAGCAUGACUGGUACCUCUGUAUCCAGGAGUGAGGCAUAUCGUUUUCGAACAUCCAGUGAAGGUGAAGGUACAAUGUCAAGACCCUUUGGAUCUGUUACUGGGAGUUUAAUCCACUUAAAUUCUGCAAGGAUGGGCUUAAGCAGGGGUGAAGGGGGUGGGAGAUAUGUAAAGCCACCCUUUGGCCCCUCGAAUCAUAGUAGGUCAGUGUCUCUGCCUGUGACUUACUUACCAUCUACUACAAGCCCUGUAAGCGUUUCUUCCAGCAGUGGACAUGGUUCUGCAUCGGAUCCUCUUACACGUCCAUCUAGUUCAUCCAUUUGUGGUUCUCCAAGUGAUGGUGGGUUUAUUUCCUCUGAUGAAUAUGGGUCUAGUCCCGGGGACUUUAGGUACUUCCGUGUUCGGAGUAAUACACCAGAUUCACUUGGGAACACACCACCAAUUCAAGAAGAAAAUUGCUUGUGUGAUUAUAUUUCAAUGGACAAACAUAUAAAUGCUGCAAAUCAUGAAAACAGAACAAGAGAUGACUAUAUGGUUGCUGAGAAAGGAUACAGAAAAAGGACCCACUCUCUAACCAGCUCCGGUGCUGUAAUAACACAUCAAAAAACCACUCAGACAACUUCAUCUUUGGAUGAGUCUAAUGUUGAUUCAAACUGUGUGAGUAUUAAUAGCCAGUUAUCAUGUUCUGCAUCACCAAAGUUUACCUGUAAUCCUUACCAUGAAGAUUAUAGUCAUAUUGAGAUUGGGUCCUCGGUUAACCAAAGCCAAAGCAGAACAAGAGAUGAUGGUUAUAUGCCAAUGAUGCCUGGUGUUGCAUCUGCUAGCCAUAAUAGAAACCAUGAUUAUAUGCCAAUGAAUCUUAAAAGCAUUUCUGCCCCAAAACAAAUUGGGCCUUUGCCAUUAAAUCAAAUGGACUCUAGGGGAUACAUGGUGAUGUCCCCCAAUGAUAGCAGUUCUCCGGUGCGAAGCAUGUUUACAGAGUACAGUUCUAAACUACUGGGCAGCAACAAUGAAAAAUUCACAAAUAAUGAAUAUAUGGACAUGUCCCAGAGAAACCUGAAUAGACGGAAAUUAUCCAAUGAUUGCUUCUAUAAUCUCACUAGUCCUGAUGCUCCUAAAUCCUACAGCUCAUAUUAUUCACUGCCUCGAUCAUUCAAAACUCUUUCACAGGAAAAUGGUGAGCAUGAUGAAUAUGUUCCUAUGUGUUCACCGGGAAAGCUGAUGUAUGGAGAGACAUCAAUGUUUACAGGUAGUAUUAGUAACAGUGGUUUAGUUCCUGAACCUUCUCAUUCUCCAAGGACACAAAACCAAGAUGAGCGUGCUAUACAAAAAGGAAGAGUUGAGAGACCCACAAGAUUAUCCCUAGGCACACCAGAAGUAAACACUUUACCAAGACUGUUUGAGCACAGUUUGCCGCCAGAGCCAAAAAGUCCAGGAGAAUACAUUAAUAUUGCUUUUAGUGAGAAAACUAGUAAUACACCAUAUUCCCUAUCAGCAGAAGGAUCCCCAUCUUCACUUGGCUCCAGCAGUGAACACAGAAGGUCUCCAUUGUCAGACUACAUGAGUGUAGAUUUAGAUGUACAAUCACCGAAGCCAGCUAUUCAUUCUUCAAAUUCUUUGACUACUAUGACCAUUGCUUCAAGUUCUAGCAUAACUAGAAGCCAGCCAAAGGAUGCUUACAUCAGUGUUCCUCUUGGUGCCACUUGUGUCAGUAAACCUGCUGAGGUGGAUGAUUAUACCGAAAUGUCAUUUAAUUUGACAGUAACAGCCACUCGUCCUGCUUCGCCAAAGCCUGACAAGGUAGAGGUGACCAGUCCUACAGCUAUUGUGAAGAGAUUGUGUAUUAUUGAUCAAUAUCCUAGUAUAAAUACCUUUCCUGCCUCAAAACCUCCCUCUGAUGCCAAUCAUGGCCCAAAGGUGAUCCGUGUUGAUCCACAAGGAAGAAGGCGACACAGCUCAGAGACAUUCUCCUCUACACCUACAGUGGCACCCUCUUCUCCAUUUUUUGCUGAUGGUGGUAAAAGACAUAGCUCUGCUUCAUUUGAUAAUGUUUGGCUUAAGCCAAACGACUGCCUUAGUGACGAACAUAGGAGUACCAUGUGCAGAAAUACAUCUGCUGGGUUUCAGAAUGGAUUGAACUAUAUUGCUUUGGACUUAAGGGAAGAUCACGGAUGUUGUGAAUCAAAUGGAAGUGUGCAGACUCCAAAUCACCUCCAAAUUGCAAGCAGUACAGACUCUAGAGGCUAUGCCAGCAUAGACUUUACCAAAUCAGAUGGGCUGAAAUAUACCUCUACAUCUGAAGACUAAGUACAUCGACGUGAUUUAAAUCUGUGUCCACAGAGAAAAGGGUUGAAUGCACCUUUUCCCAUGGUACCUACCUUACAGUUGUACAACUCACUAGAUGGAACUGGUACUGUCUGAAGCAGUCACCUUAUUGCAAGAAUAUACACAGACCUUUUUCCCAUGCAGACGAGUGGGAAAAGCCAACACAUGAAUCUCAACAGGAACAUAAAUUGCUGCCUUUUUGGUACUUCCUUCAACAAAAAGACACACUCUUCCUGCAAGUUUCAGCUGAGCAAAAAAGAAAAAAAAGAGCCAUAGCUAAUGUGAACCUAUUUACUGAAGUGUUUUGAAUCCAUUUGAAUGUUAAGUAACAGUUAAAUGUUCAUUUUUUUUAAUACAGCUGUUCACAAAGAAAUACCUGCUAAAAAUUAUCUUUAAAAUGUUCCCCUGUUCAAACACUAAUAGGCUUUUGUUUGACUAGUGCUAUAAGGUAAUCAUUUCAGUGUGACUGCUACCCACCUAUGAUGGAGCAUGAAAAACAUUUCACAAGUGGUUUGUAAACAACAUUGUAUUCAAUCAUGGAACACCGAUAUUCCAUGGUAUCCAUAAGUAUAUUCUGUUUUGCUUUGCAUCCAGAUUUAAGUAUUUUGGAGGGGUAGCACAUUUGGAAGCUAGUCCUUACAAAGGACCGGUGAGUUUAUAGACCUUCUUUAAGUUCUUGCAUUACACCUUUGGAAAACCAAGAUGGGAUAAUUGAGCAGAUCCCCAAGGUAGGCCAGCUGUACAUAGUUCAUUGCUUUCUUUCUGUGCUUUAACUUGUGCUAGGUUUCAAAGCAGUCAUGUUGCAACUCUUGUGUGGCCACCAGCCAAGUAGGCCAAAUUGUUAAACCUAGUCUGAAUACAGCAUAGGCUGACCCAAAGUUUAAACUGUUAUCGGCAAGCUAUAACUUCUCCAUGUUACAAACUAUGAAAAUAUUUGUAAACCCAUUUAAGUUUCCUUUAUCAGAUGUUUGACAUGUUCACUGCCAGUUAUACCUCAGUGAAUUUAAUUUUACCAGGAUACAUUUUCUGUUCUUUAAAAGCUGCUUAAUUUCAUGUUAAAGCUAUGGUGUUGUUGACACUUGACCUACAUAGGCAUUAUGUGAAUGCAAAUGAAAAUCCACUUUCAGUAUCCUUUUCCACUCCCCCUCCCCCCAACUGACUAGAAUUUACCCUUUCAUGAAUAUGCAAAUUUUAUUCUCCCAGAAGUUAUCAUGGUGCAUGACUUUAAAAAAUAAUCAUUAACAGUUAUAGUAUUCCUUGUGUUGCCCUCUGUAGGGUUAAUUAACUUUUGUGACACACUGCCUUUGUAAUAUCAUUGAUAUAUCUCCACAUCCUCCUCUGCACAGCUGCAGAGUGAAUGAUGCCAAAUAUCCAUCAACAGUGAUUUUCUUUUCCAUGUCCCUCCAAGUUUGUUCACAGUACACUUUUUUCAUAUACUCAGUUUGACCAGUGUGUGAUUUUGUUCUUUUAUUUUUGCUUUCCUUUUUAUUUGUCAGAACAGUAGCUAGUCAUUUUUAAAGGUGUAUUUAUUUUUACAUUGGGUGCAGUCUUGGACAGCUUAGGCUGAAGAAAUGCUUCUAAAUGUAUAAAACUAGGAACUGUGAGAAAGCUUAAGCAAUUAAUUUUAUGUAUUUUGUGUAAAGAAAUAAUGCAGCUUUAAUUACUGGAGUACAAUGAACUAUAUUUAUUCUAGGUUAGAAAAAUAAAUUUUGGUUCCAAAUAAAAUUGCACCCAAACUUUAUUGCAGCUUUCAAAUACUGCUUAAGAAAACACAUUAGCAGUGCCUGUAAUAAAGGGUAUAAUUGAAACAGAAGUUCAAUAGACUGCUCUGAAGUAGCAGCUACAAAAGAUAUGCUCUGCCCAAUGCAGAAAAUGCCACUUUUUAAAUACAUCAGUUAUUAAAAAGAUACUGGAUGUCACUUAGAUGGUCAUAACAAUCAAAAUGUUUUAAAUCGUGUUUAGUAGAUUUAGUUAUUUUCCUAUCCAGCCAUUGAGACAUGAUGUUUAUUUUUAUGAUAUUGAGAGAUUGUGGACCAUGAUCGCAACCCUUCAAUAGUGUGUUGAGCUAUAGGAAAAUAUGGAAUCCCCUGGCUGCUUUUAAAAGGUGCAUUAACACUCAUGUCUAAACAACCAAUGAUUUCCCCGCCAAGCACAAAUUAAUCCAAGCUGUUGGGUGUAAUAUUCAUUUCACACUGUUAUUUCUAAAUUCAUAGUUCGUAUGUACACACAAUUAUCCAGCAUUUUAAUUAUGGUUUCUGUAAAAUUGUAUGUGUUUUAUUAAAUCCAAUUAAUCCAGGUCAGCAAAAAAUACAGGGACAGAUUUUCAUGGAGUCAGGCCGACUCCAGGGGCCUUUAAAAAUUGUGGGUGGGACCUGAUUCUAAGAUUCCUGCCCCCCAUUCCCAGUGUCGGCAGUUUUCACUGUUGCGGGUAAGGGCACAAGUAACAAGCCAGCACCCUGCGUUCCCAACCUGGCCGACUCCUUUGCAGGAGUAAGCACAUCACAUCGGCCCCUGUAACUUUUGUGGAGUUGGACCACUUUCCCGAGGACAAGAACUUCACAGUCCCUCGGAGGAGUGAAUAGUGAACCAUAGUCUGGAUUCUCUCACCUUUCCAGAGAUGUACAUAAAGGGUCUUACCAAUGCCCACUCCGUGUAUCCCCACACCCUCCAUGCUCACUCACUAUGCGCUAUAGAGCUAAUGAGCCAUAUAAUAAUGGCGAGUCUUGAAAUGCAUUUAAAAAGCACCCAUUCAGAAAUCUGUUCAUUUAGAUCUAUGCUACAUACUGGGUGAGUGAGCAUGAAGAUACAGGGGGUCAUGGAAGGGGCAUGGUGGGGGCUGUGAGGAAUGAGGGCCAGCAGGCUUAAUAGCCUUUAAUACAACUGGAACAAAGCCCCAGAGAACCAAGGUGAGCCUUCUAACUAGCCCUUCUUGGCACUUGCCUGCCUUCAAAGGGGGAGGGUGUGACUCCAACCUGCCCCACCUUGGCACAAAAAUAUCCCUUUUAAAGGAGAUACGUCUGCUGAGUCAGGAAAUUUCCUGACUCGAGCUUCCUGCCUUGGCGAAAAUCUGGCCCACAGUUUCAGUUGGGAAUAUUCUGAUACACAGCAAAACAAUAUGUUUCCAAAGAUACAAUACUGCAGGUGCUGAAAAUCUGAAAUAAAACAGAAGACUGGGAAUAGUCAGCAGGUCUGGCAGCAUCUGUGGAGAAAAAUACAAAGUUAACAUUUCAGUUCGUAACCUUUUAUCAGAAAUGGGAAAUGUUAGAAAUAUGAUAACAUUUAAAUAAGUAAAGUGGGGGACAAGUGGAAAGAGUCAAAAGGGAAGGCCUGUGAUGGGAUGAAAGGUGGGAGACAUCAAAUGGCAUAGGAGUUGAUGUGGUCAAAGCCAAAGGGCAUGGUAAUGGGGCAAGAGAGAGACAUACAAAGAAAAGGAAACAAAAUGGGGCAGAGAUUUUGGUCUGAAUUGUAGACCAUAAUCUCUGCUUCCCAUUUUGUUUUCUUUCUUUUUGUGUGUCUGUCUUAAUCUUGUUUUUCCAUUUUUGCUUUUGAACAGCAGCUGUUCAUUAUUCUGCUGUUCACACCCCCUCAGGAUCCAUCUUUCACUUUUUUAUUUGUUCCAUUACCAUUCCAUUUCACUCUUCCCCACCAACUCUUGUUUAAUGUCUCCUGUGUUUCAUCCUAUCACACACCCCUUUUUUUCCCCCAUUUCACUUAUAGAUCUAACAUUUCCCAGUUCAGAUGAAUGGUCACGACCUGAAAUAUUAACUGCUUCUCUCUCCGCAGAUGCUGCCAGAUCUACUGGGUAUUUACAGCAUUUUUUUUGUGUGUUUCAAAGCAAUGUAUUUAUCCAGUUGAAGGUGUUUACAUCAAAAUCCUUGCUGAAAGUAGGCUAUUUUCAUUUUAAUUUACUCUUUAAUUAUAAAGAAAGCUAGUCUUAUUUGGAAGGGAAGGGCAUAUAGAGAAGGGGAGGAGAGGUUGGCUGUUUCAUGGUAUAAGAUAAGUCAGUUUAUCAUGUCAUAAAGCUAUAGGAGCCUAGUUUUCUCAUUUUAUUUAAUUCUUUGAUUCCCCUACUUCCCCACCCAGCCGCACUGGAGGUUUUUGGUCCUGCCAUUGGAUGCCUGGAAAACUGAAGCCCUUCCUCUAGAGGGAGGGAAAGGGAAUUUUGGAAUUGUGGACCUUUUUUGCACAUUUGUAGUACAUACCUUGUGCACAUACCCUAUUUGUUUGCCCCCUUGAUUUGCAAAUAGUAUAUAGGUUGGGAGGCAAUAUUUAUAUAAAUUAUAUGGAGAACAAUUUGGGUGAUUAGCAAAGGAUUAAGUAACUUGUCUCUGUUAUAUCCACAAAUGGGAAAUUGGCCACCUUUAAUUUAUUUACCUUUUACAGUACCUAUUUACAGUAUCGUGCUGACUGUAUUGAUAACCUAUUAUCUACUGACACAAUUGACCAAUUUGGGCAUUACUGUGUUGAGCUACAUUUCAGCAUACUGCUAACAGAUCUGAACAAAAUUAACUUUAUUGUAAGUAAUACUCCUUAGUAACUGUUAAGGUGAAAUAUGGUUUGUUCAGCCAGUCAAAUCUGACAUGACCAAUUUCUAUUAAUAUUUUGUCUAGUUCAGAGUGUGUAGCCAUUCUACAACAUAUUCAUUGCCCCAUGUUCCAAUACUUGCUUUUUGUAUUUAAUAUUUUCAUAUAGGAACAAAAGGUCCAAAAAUAUUUACCUAUUAUCGUCACCUUUUGCAAUGAUUACUAUAACUUUCAAUUAGAAGUAGCUGCACCAAACUUUUCAAUUUAGAGGAAUGUAGCUCCAGGAAUGGAUACUCCAGUUUGCAUGCUCUAGUUUGGGUCUUUAUUAUGUCUAGUUGUUUUAAAAAUUUCUUUUUUCGAAUUCCCUUCUGAUGUCUUGUUUCUCCAUUCAUUUCAUCAAAAUUGGCACACCAAAGUUAUUUAAGCUAAUGCUUUUUUAAGCAUCUGUUUUUCUAAUGUUGUUGAUUUUCAUGAUCUGGCAGUUUCCAGACUGAUCACUACCACUCGCACCUUUUACAAUCAGGGGUGGUGGAGUGGUCUGAAAGUAGAUUGAUUGCAAUGACUUCUCCAUUAAGAAAUUUAGAUAUUUCUUAUAUUUCCAUCUCCAUGGCUUGUCAGCCAACCUGUCCACGCUAUUGUUUUAAGUCCACAACAGGAAAUGAAAAGAAAAAUUGCAUGCUGAAAAUCUCAGAUGGAAACAACACAGCUAUUGAAGAAACAAAAGUAUUCUACAUCACAGCCACAACUAGAAAUUAAAAAUGUGAUCAUUGAACACUUGCCUUCCCAUUCAAGCCUCAACUAACCACCAAGAAUGUUGAUGUAAGUGCUAUGCAUUAAUAAGGAUUUUAUAUUAUAUACAUAUAGCAAAAUGUAACCUACAUUUAAUUGAGCAGUACAGAUAAUAUAAUGGAGAGAAAAGUUGCUGUGAAUGUCAGCAGUGCCGUAAGAUUUGUUUACUUAAACUCCUUGCUGCAUAUGAUAUGUUUACUGAGUAAUUUUAAAAUUGAGACUGCAUGGUAGAGGCAGAUCUGUUGUUGGAGGUAAUAAAGGUGGUUACAGUAAUUAUAAAGUAGGGAAAACAAUGUUGCAUUAUGCAACAAAGUUAAUUAAGUUAUUUUCUCUGGCAUCACAUUACUGGUAAAUUUUACGGUAUAUAUUAUUGGUACAAAUAACCGAUACUAGACCUAUCAGGGUAGUGCUGCUCUAUGGCUUGUACCAGUGACGCAGGAUUGCACAAGUGGUGGUAAAGGUACAAAUAUACAUGCUGGCUUUGUACCACAAGACAGUACUAUGUGGAUUGUAAUAGGGAAGUACGAAUUCUAGAUACUGACCCAUCCCAGUGAGUACUUUACGGUUCAGUGAUACUUAUAGACACCAGAUACUGCAUGAAUCUGUAAUAAUAGAGAUAGGAAUACCAUUCUGUUAGGAGAUCUAUACUGGUUUUUUUAAAAAAAAAGUGGGGGGGUGGUUUAUGGGGUUCACACUACGCAUUCACUGUAAGACCACUAUAGUUCUAACUUGAGGAGUUUUGAAUUCUAUUUAGUCUCCUAAAUUUAGUAUAGAUAGAGAUAAUAUACCAGUACCAAUGGGUACUGAAUGAAAAAUGUAGCAGAUCUAACUGGACUGAUACAUUUUGGUACUAAUGUUUUUUUGAGUUCUCUUUAAUGGUUAUGAAAUAGUCAACGUAUGCUGAAAAAUGACUACCAGCAUCAUCAUGCAAUUUAGCUAAUAAAUCAAACACCUAGCUCCUGAAGUCUACUAGUGUACGAAACUGAGCACUGACUACCUUGCGUUCUGAAUUCAUACAGUAACCUCAAAAGCCAGUUUCUGGCUAAAUAGGUAUGGCAUACACAAUAUGCAAUUCUUUUUUCCUCAGUCUACUUGUAGUUUAGAGUUACUAAAUUAUUCAGUAUUGUGCUGGAAGACUAUUUCCGGAUAAGGAUUUACAUAUCACUUGAUAGGUACGGAAGAAAUAAUUUCUUAAAUUAGUGGUGGAAAGCAACAUAAAAGCAAAUGAGGGCAGGUACCUGCUUCCAUGUGGAGGAAAAGGUGUAAGUGAUGUCAGUAAUUUGUAGGUUUUAUCAAAGUCUGGUAACUUUUGCAUCCUUUUCUCAGUACGUUGGUCAGUACCUCUCAUAUUUGAGCAUGAAAAGGUGCCUUUUUUUUUCCAUUAUGUUGGAAAUUACACAAAUCCUGGAAAAGUGAAUGGGUGGAGUGGAAUGAAGUACAAUUCUCAUUAAUCACCAGGAUCAUUAUUCAAAUGUUGUUUAAAAUUACUGUAACUGGCUAAAAAAUGCAUUUAAUUUUAAAAUAAAAAAUUAUGAACCAUUGGUGGGGAAGGAGAAUUGCUUAUGUCCUUUCCCACUAUGGCAUGUGCAGGUAUCUUCCCUCAUCUCAUACAUGCAAAAUAAAAGUUGCAUCUUCCAGACAAAUGUAUGCUGCUGUAUAAUAAAACAAAGAUGAAACAAUUGUAUUCCUUCUGUAAAUUAAUUUGACAAAUGGACAUAGUUUUUUUUUGGCUGUACAGAAAAGCAGACAGUUGAUACUCUAUAUAUUGCUAUUCCUGCACCACACAUGACAGAAGGUUAAAAAUAUCUAACUUUAUCUUGCUGUGUCUUCCACUGUAAAUAUUGUUUAGCAGUUUAAUGUUAAUCCACCAUGUCUGUGAAUGGGAGACUGGCUUAGAGUUCUGUAUAGUGUUUAUAUUUAUCACAAAUGCUUUCCAUAGAGCUACAUGCAAUAAAAUUGUGUUCAUGUUA